CAUAUCCAAAAUGGCGGACCUGUGAGGCUCCCGGUCGCCUCUUUAACACCUCUUGUUGCUGUAAUCACGUGACCUACAGACAGGAGCAUGGAUCAGACUAAAGAGCAGAAUGACGAUUAUGGCUACAAUUUGUUUCCGGAAAGAAAGAAGAGCAAGUACCAGAAAGGCUCGAUUGGGGAAAGCUUGUUCACCUUCAACCACAAAUGUCAGAUUAUGCUGCAUGUCGCAGUGGAGACAAAUCCAUAUGCGAAAGUUCUCCUCGGAGCCAUGAAGAACUCAGGAUGUGCAGUGUACAAAGACAGGCAUUUCUCAUGCGAGGACUGUGACGGGACCGUUAGCGGCGGAUUCGAUGCCACAACGUCUCAAAUUGUCUUGUGUCAAAACAACAUUCACCAGCAGGCUCAUAUGAACAGAGUGGUCACGCACGAGCUCAUUCAUGCGUUUGAUCACUGUCGCGCACAUGUCGACUGGUUCAAUAACUUCAAGCACUUGGCUUGCUCCGAGGUUCGGGCAGCCAGUCUGAGUGGAGACUGCUCAUUCGGCAAUGAAGUCGCAAGGUUUCAUUUUGGCCUCAAAAAGCACCAUCAGGAGUGCGUGCGGGACCGUGCGACACGCUCUAUCCUCGCCGUGCGGAAGAUAAGCAAGGAGGAGGCGGUAAAAACGGUUGACGAAGUGUUUGACAGUUGCUACAAUGAUCACGCGCCCUUCGGUCGCAUUCCACACAGUAAAAAAGACGCCAAGUUCGCCUACAGAGAUUUCGAGAACAGAGACCGAUACUAUGCAAACCUAUAGAUGGCAGUAAAGUCACAACAGUGUGAAUAAAAGGAAAUUAUAUCGCCUAAUGUGACGAUACAGCAUGCUAUUUAUUGUAUAAUCCAGGUGCAUAUUUAAUUACUUUUGUGAUUUGUUACAUUACACUAAAUAAAUUGUGAAUUUUGUAACUUGGUCUUAUGCUUUUAUUAAUAC